GGCGAUUUUGAUUCGGAGAUGUCGUACCCUCUCCAGCACUCGCCCUCCGCAUAAACCAUCCGCCCUCUCGGUCGCGCACAAGGGAGCCGGGGGUGGUGGGGUUAAAACUUAUAAAAAGUCGGCGGCGAAUCUGCAGAGGUGCGGAGAUGGUGCUGAGGAAGGCGGCGACAAGCGCGUGCCCGAAGAAGGUGGCGAGCCUGGUCGACCUCGCCAACCUCCCCUCACCGCUGCGGGAGUUCGCCGGGCAGUCCCAGAUGUCCCACCUCGCCUUCUUCGUCCGCGUUUGGUCCUACAUCAAGGAUCACAGUCUCCAGGAUCCAGCAAAUAAGAAUGUAGUGAAUUGUGAUGACAAGUUGAAGAGUAUAUUGUUGGGAAAGCCUCAAGUCGAGCUUGCGGAGCUACCAAUGCUUAUUAAACUCCAUUUCCCGAAAACCUCGAAGUAACUGUUUAUAUGAUGGUGAUGGUGAUAAUGUUUGCUUGGUGGAUGCGGCUUGGUUCGGAUCAAAUGAUGGCGGGCAUCGAGAUUUCAAGGUUACGAUCCAAUGUUUUGCCACUUUGCCGACUAAUAGAAUUGAUUUUGAUACUGUCAAAUAUAUUCAUCAAAUCCAGUCAUUAUUUAUUUGCUAAAUUUGACCGGAUUUGAUGAAUUUGAUCUGCUUUAAAAUUGGUUUGUUAUAAUUGGUUGUAUAGUCUUCCUAGUUUUGUAACUUAAUACUGUUAGGUUUGAAAUUUUGGUAGGUUAUGAUGCUUUACUAAGGUGAUGUUUGGUUGGCUGAAAAUAAAGCAAUGAAAGUAGCAUCUUUAGAAA